AAUAUGAUGCAGCAGAUUACUUAAAAUGGAAGACUGAAUUUGAUAAAAGCGCAUAUAUUGCAAAUCAUAAUCUCCUUAUGAAACUUCAGGAAUUUUUAGUUGAAAAAAUGAUAAGUGAUCUUAAACGACAAGAUGAAAAAAGUGAUCAAGGAAAAUCAUCACCGUCAGAUGAAGAGAGAUUUCUACCGUUGAAUAUCAAUGCGCCAGUUAUACUCUUAAUUGGAAAACCAGGUGCCGGUAAGAGUACGUUGGGAAAUUAUUUGUUAAGGAUCUCGGAAGAUGAUAAGAACGCUUUUAAGGUCUCCGAAGAUUUUGAAUCGAUAACCAACAAAUCUAGUUCCGCAAUUUACAAAAUUGGUGACGAAACUUAUAACAUCAUCGAUACGCCUGGGAUUUUUGGUACCAAAAAGCUCAAUGAAGAAAUCAUGGAAGAAAUCGCGCGCACCGUACAAAGAUGUGCUUAUGGAAUCAAGGCCAUAUUAUUUGUUUUUGAAGCCAAAAGGUUAACGGAUGAGCAAAAAAACAUGAUCGAUGGUAUAUCGACGCUUUUCGGAGAAGAGGCCUUUCUAAAUAUGAUUACUGUCUUCUCAAAUUGUAAUAAGAAAGAUACGAUAGACCCAGAAAAUUUUGAAAAGUCUUGGAACAAAAAGGUUCGCAUGUUCGUCGAUCGCAUGGAUCAUCGGUGGGCCAUUGCUCCGAAUCCAGAAUACUUCCCCCCUGGUACUAAAGUGCAUGAAAAAUGUCUAGAAGAUUUAGAAAAUACUAUUUGUACCCUAAAUGGGAUAUAUACAAAUGAAUUGCUCGCAAAGGCACGAAAGGAGCAAGAAGAACUCGCGCGGAAUGCAAGGGAAGAGCAAGAUGAGAUUAAAAUAGCAAAAUAUAAAACCAGGGCAGAAGCAGAAAACUCGAAAAGAAAGACUGAAGUACGUUGGGAUACAUUCUUUGAACAAAUUUUUCAAAAAUUUAGUCUUGGUUGUUUCUGGCUUGAAACCAGAGUUAAGCUUGAAUCAGGAAGAAUCGUUCGAAUGUCAGAACUUCAAGUUGGAGAUCGAGUGUUGUCAAACAUCAGAAAUGGUAUUGAAGAGUUUUCAGAUGUUUACCUUAUCGCUCACAUUGGUAAACUCGAUCAUGAAGAAAACUUUACCAAGAUAAGCUUCACCAAAUCAAACGGCUAUAAAGGUCAAUUACGGCUCACAGCCACCCAUUAUGUCUUCAAUGAAAAUUUAUCUAUCAUGUUUGCGAAGGAUUUACGUCCUGGAAAAACCAAGAUUUUAGUAUCUGAUGGUAAUAAUAAGCUUGUUCCAGUCAUUGUGGAUGAAAUAACGAAUGAAUGGCACGAUGAGUAUAUUAGCUUUUACACUCGGGCGGGUUCAGUUAUCGCCGAAGGCGUAUUUUGUUCUUGCUACGACGAUUGCCCGCCUUCUCAGUCGCUCAUGGACCUUGUUUUUUUACCAGUUCGCUGGUGGACACUUUUCAAACCAAGCACGCAUCGCGAAAAACACCUUCAUCCUUAUGUUCAGAUCCAAAAAGGAAAAUCAUCACCGUCAAGAUCGCUACCGUUGGAUAUCAAUGAAGAAAAAUUGCCACCUUUGGAGAUAAAUGCGCCAGUUAUACUUUUAAUUGGACAAACAG